CUCCCCUCCCGCCCUCCCACCAGCACAGACAGAGGCUAAAAAUACCCUUGUCCCCACGUGGCUGCCCAGCCCAGCCUAGAAGGCCUUCCCUGCGGCCCUGGCCAAGCUGUCCUGUUCCGCCGAGUUCUCAGAGAGGAGGCCCAGGGGCCCACAGGCUCUCAGGCGGGCACCCAGCCCUUCUUCCCCCUGAGUGGGUGGGCCGCAGGGACCCGCACUGGCUUGGGCGGUCAUGGUUCAGAACGUGGACGACCUGGAUUUCCACCUGCCCUCGCAUGCCCAGGACAUGCUGGACGGCCUGCAGCGGCUGCGCUCUCAGCCCAAGCUGGCCGAUGUCACGCUGCUGGUGGGCGGCCAGGAGCUGCCCUGCCACCGCGGCCUCCUGGCGCUGAGCAGCCCCUACUUCCACGCCAUGUUUGCGGGAGACUUUGCAGAGAGCUUCUCGGCACAUGUGGAGCUGCAGGAUGUGGAGCCCACCGUGAUGGGGCAGCUGCUGGACUUUGUGUACACAGGACGACUGACCGUCACGCAGGGCAAUGUGGAGGCGCUGACGCGCACAGCCGCGCGCCUCCACUUCCCUGCCGUGCAGAAGGUCUGCGGCCGCUACCUGCAGCAGCAGCUGGACGCCACCAACUGCCUGGGCAUCUGUGAGUUUGGGGAGCAGCAGGGGCUGCUGGGUGUGGCUGCCAAGGCCUGGGCCUUCCUGCGGGAGAACUUUGAAGCCGUGGCACAUGAGGACGAGUUCCUGCAGCUGUCCCAAGACCGGCUGGCCACCUGUCUGGCCAGCGACCUGCUGCAGGUGCAGCCAGAGCGAAGCCGGCUGGAGGCCCUGCUGCGCUGGGUGCGCCAUGACCCAGAGGUCCGGGCUGCCCACCUGCCCAAGCUCCUUGGCCUGGUGCACCUGGAUGCUGUGCCCAGGCCCUGCGUGCAGCAGCUGCUGGCCACCGAGCCCCUGAUCCGGGAGUCAGAGGCGUGUCAGGUCGCACUGUCCCAGGGCCACGAUUCGGCGCUGCUGGCCCUCCCACAGAAGCUGGAGGAGGUUCUGGUGGUGGUGGGCGGGCGGUCCCUGGAGGAGGACGAGGAGGGCGCCGAGGAGCCGACCCCCCACCCGGCCAACUUCACCUUCUACCACGCCAAGGCCAAGAGGUGGAUGGCGCUCCCGGACUUCCCCGACUACCACAAGUGGGGCUUCUCCCUGGCGGCGCUGAACAACGACAUCUAUGUCACAGGGGGCUCGCGGGGCACCAAGACGGACGCAUGGGCAACCACCCAGGCCUGGUGCUUCCCGCUGAAGGAGGCCACCUGGAGGCCCGUGGCGCCCAUGCGGAAGGCCCGCACGAACCAUGCCAGCGCCGCGCUCAACGGGGAGAUCUACGCCGUUGGCGGCACCACUCUGGACAUGGUGGAGGUGGAGAGCUACGACCCUUACACAGACACGUGGACGCCCGCCAGCCCGGCCCUCAAGUAUGUCAGCAACUUCUCGGCGGCCGGCUGCCAGGGCAGGCUCUACCUGGUGGGCUCCAGCGCCUGCAAGUCCAACGCACUGGCCCUGCAGUGCUACCAACCCGCCACAGACUCCUGGAGCGUGAUUGCCUCGCCCUUCCUCCCCAAGUACCUGUCCUCCCCACGCUGUGCCGCGCUGCAGGGAGCUGUCUACCUGGUGGGCGACAACACCAAGAAGGUCUACGUGUACGACCCCGGGGUCAACCUGUGGCAGAAGGUGCAGCCCCUGCACAGCCUGCACGAGAACGGUGCGCUGGUGCCACUGGGCAACGCGCUGUAUGUGACCGGCGGCCGCUGGCAGGGCAUGGACGGCGACUACCAUGUGGAGAUGGAGGCCUACGACCGCGGGCAGGACGCCUGGAUCCGCCACGGAGCCCUGCCCCGCCUCUGGCUCUACCACGGAGCGUCCACCAUCUUCCUGGACGUGUCCAAGUGGACCCGGCCCUUCAGCCCCGCCCCGGAGCAGUAAGCAGCUCCUGGUACACCUGAAGGGAGCCAGCUGAGCCCCUCCCACCCACUUUGUUCACUUGGUGCCACUGUCCCCUCCAGGGAUCGGGCUGGGCUCAGGCCACCAGGGACAUUAGAGGACAUAGCCUUCAGGUCCCCGGCCACCAUGCCAGCUUGGAGAUAACCAGCAGCCAGGGCGUGGACCGGACCCCUGCAGAGGGGGAAGGGCAGCUCUCCUGCCCGUGGGAGGGCCUGGAGCCUCAGAAGGGAGUCGGGGGUCAGGGGAGCAUUGUCAGAACCCCUGAGCUCUCUGAGUGUUGGCCUUUCCUACCGUGUGUCCCACUGGUGCACAAAUAAGGGGUGACCUGAAGCCAAUGCUGCUGGGGAGGCUGGUCGGAAGGCCCCGGGGGGGAGUCAGCACAGGCCUUUGUGGGCCUGCUGCUGCCAAGCCCGCGGCUGUGUGUCCACAGCCGUCCGCUGUCCCGCUCUGGGCCUUGGGCUCCACACCCACGUCCACGGCUGCCUAGCGUGUGCAGUGAGCCCUCCCUGCAGGCAGCCCCUGCUUGGCGACACUCAGAGGUGCUGGAAGGGAGGAGGCAGGGCGAGGGGCCAGGAGGGAGGGUCCUUCUGCCUGAGCAGAGGCUCUGGGGAGGUGGGGUCAGCAAAGGCUUCCCAGGUGAGUAGGAGGGCCACUCUGGCCAGGACGACCCCGUCCCCUGGGGUGGCUUGCUUCAGUGCAACAGUGGAAGUCCCCAGCGGGAUGCCCAUGGGGGCGAGGGCCCUGCAGGGUGUCCCAGGAAGCCCUAGGGCGCGCUGGUGACUUGUUCCCAGACAGGCUCCGGGGCGAGGGCAGAGCCUGAUGGAACCUCCUGCCAGCACGUGGUGCACCCCAGGUCCCCCACCUCCCCUGUCCCCGGGACUGACCAGGGCCCCAUGCAGAGCUGGCUCAGCCUCUCUGUCCUCUGUCCUUGUGACCAAGGCACCAGGUUUGUAACCCACGGGACAAUGAAGGGCUCUCACUGGGUGCUAAUGGCCGUCCCCGCCCCCAUCACAAGGUUCGUUAAGGAACGCAGGGCUGCAGCCCUGGGUCCAGCCCUGCUCCUGCCCCGGCACUGACCGGUUCCCUCUGGCCCUGGGCUUCCCCUCCAGGGCCAGUGCACAGGCUUGGGGUCCGGAGGGGCCUCCCACAGGCCUGCAUUCUGAGGCGGGAUCCCCGGGCCCUCCCGCAGCAGAGAUCUGAGUCCUGACACCACACGCCUGUUCUUGCUGGGGAGUUGAGUUUGUCCCGGAGCCUGGCAGGAGCAGGGCCUCCCGGGAGGCUGCUCCCAGGUCUGAGGGGACACUUGGCCGGUGGAGGAUGGAAACGAAGGGGGAGGUUUCUGGCAACCUUGAAUCUUUCUUUGUGAAAAUCAAAAUGUUUUCUAAACAGUUAUUAAAAGUGCUCAGCCAAGUGCUGUUUCAAACCAGA